AUGGUUCUUCAUAACCCCAACAAUUGGCAUUGGGUGAAUAAAGAUGCGGCGCCAUGGGCUAGGCAGUAUUUAGAGGACAAUAUCCGUGUGUUACAUGUAGAAGAAAAUGGUGUCAGCGCCAAGCUUGACAAGUUGACGAGUAUGGACGGAGAUGUCGAUGUGAGUCAACGUAAAGGGAAAGUUAUUACCAUCUUUGAUGUGAAGCUUACAAUAGAGUACUCAGGAAAAACAAAAGAUGACGAGGAAGUGAGUGGUACAAUUACAGUGCCAGAAGUAGCCCAUGACACCGAGGAACACGAGUACGUCUUUGAUAUAGAUAUCAGUUCCAACUCUGCAUCAAAAGCCCCUGUCAGGGAUCUAGUGAAGAGCAAGAUCAUACCUCUUUUACGAAAAGAGUUUGUAAAACUUGGCCCAGCACUCAUAGCUGAGCACGGUAAAGAUAUACAGCAUUCAACCGGAUCAAGUUUAUCCAAUCCUAGUGCUCCAAUUCUAAAACAACAUGAAGCUAACCCUGCUUCAUCUAUGACGUCCUCAAGAACUGAAACCACCUCGACUGUCAAUACAACUACCGUGACAGAUAAUGAAGAGUUUCGAGCCCCUGCUACAGAGCUCUAUCGUACCUUUAUCGACCCCCAACGGAUUGCAGCUUUUACUCGAGCACCACCAAAAAUAUUUGAAGGAGCAAAUGUGGGCUGUAAAUUUGAGCUCUUUGGUGGGAACGUUGCAGGUGAAUAUACUGAGCUACUAGAACCAACAAAGAUCGUCCAGAAGUGGAGGUUAGACACAUGGCCUAAGGGCCACUUCUCUCGAUUAGAAAUUGUCUUUGAUCAAAACGAUAUUGACAACGUAACAGUAAUGAGAGUAACUUGGAGCGGUGUACCAAUUGGACACGAGGAGGUAACAAAGAAAAAUUGGAAAGAGUAUUAUGUACGUAGCAUUAAGCAGACAUUUGGCUUCGGUGCCAUUUUGUGA